CAUUCGCCAGAAGCGGAAUUUGAAUAGUAUCGGCCGCUAAGAGUCCGCAAGGAGCACUAGCGACAGAAACGUGUACGACGAAGUGCGGUCGACUCGUCGAUACGCAGCUGUCCUUUCGCGUUUGUCAAAUUAAUGUUUUUCUCGAAACGCGUGUGUAAAUAAACAAAUUGUCUUAUUACUUUUCGUAAUGAAAAUGAAGUGAAACAAAUGUUUGUUUAUUAAUCGUGUCGAAUAAUAGUGGAGCUGGAGCCUUCGAUACCGUAACCGCUUCUCGCAAUGACAAGGGAGAGCAUUCAGUUACCUUUUGAGAAAUCGGAAGCAUUUAAAAUGUUUCUUAUGGUCUAAUUGAAGCUUUUAUAACGUAUAAGUGUAUUCGUUGAAUAUAAGUACUACUGUGUUUCGUUUUGUGACACUUUGGAGUAUAUUUCCAUUGCUAGAAGGUCGUUAGUCGCAACACGUUGAAAAUGAGUGUUUUGAGUGCUUUUACCAAGUCCGACUUUAAAACGGCGAGUGAUGGACUACUGGAACUCUCUGAGGAGAGGCUCCGCAGCAUCAUGCGCACCGAGCCCAUCACAGACGUCUAUCACGUUGAACAGACACCGUUCGCAAGGGGUAAAUUCGCGUCAGUUCGUAAAAUUCGCCAUCUGGUAUCCGGCGAGGAGUAUGCCGCGAAGUUCAUCCGCAAACGACGGCGCGCCGCCGACACCACCCGCGAGAUACAGCACGAGGUGGCCGUGCUCGCACUCUGCUCUGACUGCACACGUGUCGUGAGUUUACAUGAGGUUUAUGAAACACGAUCAGAAGUCGCCAUAGUGCUAGAGUUAUGCGCGGGUGGUGAACUACAAAGACUUCUGGAUGAGGAGGAGAGAUUAUCAGAGGGCGCAGCGCGACGCGCCCUCCGUCACGUUUUAGAAGGGCUGGCACACUUGCAUGCACGCAGAGUCGCCCAUCUUGACCUCAAACCGCAGAACUUACUUUUGUCCGCUGAGGGCGAGGAACUGCUAAUAUGCGACUUUGGCAUUAGUCGCGCGAUACAGCCCGGCGCACAUGUCCGCGAAAUAUUGGGCACACGAGAUUAUGUUGCACCAGAAAUCCUUUCUUACGAGCCGUUAUCAUUAGCUGCGGAUAUCUGGUCGAUCGGUGUUCUGGCGUACGUGCUACUCAGCGGUUACUCGCCGUUCGCCGGCGACACUAAGCAGGAGACGUAUCUGAACAUAGCCCAGUGUCAGCUGUCCUUCCCGCGGGACUUGUUCCACGGCGUGUCGCAACGUGCCAUCCAGUUCAUAAGGGAGACGCUUGUUGUUGAUCCGAACGGUCGUCUCACAGUGGAAGAGUGCCUGGAGCACCCAUGGUUGAAAGACGAGACGGACAUACCGCGAGCUAUCGUCGGCGUCGGGUUCGGAGCGGCCGACGUCGCCAGCGACGACGACACCGCCGACACACACAGCGUUAACGGGAUCAACGGAAAUGUUAACGGACUCAACGGAGUCGGUACCAACGGAAUCGGUUCCGUAAACGGUACCAACGGAGUCUCUUCUGUAAACGGUGUGAACGGAGUCAGCAACGUCAACGGAGUCAGUGGAGUAAAUGUUAACGGCGUUAACGGACACAACGGCGUCAGCGAAUGCAACGGGACCAAUGGUGCACACGAUAGCAAAGAGAGCGAGGAGGAGCGCGACAAGCCGCUGAAGCACGCGCACGCCCGCGACGCCUCCCCCCCCUUCCCCGACGCGCCCUCCACGCCCAAGGUCAGUCUCGCACUCGUGUCACGGAAAUCCCAUCCGCACCCGCCGUCGGUGCUCGCGCUGUGCAAGAAGUUCCAGCCCGACUACGAGAAGCCGGCCAAGCUGCCGCACGCGCACGGACACGCGCACGCGCACGCGCACGCGGCGCUGGCGGAGUGCGGCUGCGCGGGCCCCGCGCCGUGCGUGCGCCGCGACCGCGCCGUGCUGUGCUAGCGCGCGCUGUGCUGCCUGUGGCGGCGCGACUGAGACUCCCGUGCCAGUGCCGCGGUCGCUCGCGAGUGGGAGCUGUAAAUAGGACGAUCGUUUUAGAAGUUCGUUUGUAUAUUUUUAUUGAGUAGGGACCCGAUUACGCGAACUCGCCGGAGGAUCGCGACGUGUGUAGAUUGACGCCUCCGUCGGAAUGUUUAGCUUUGUUAGUCGUCAUUUUUUGAUGAGGAGAUUUUAAGAUUGUGCGUCGAGGUGGCGUCAGUCUGUCCGUACGUGCGCGGUCGUUCCCGAGUGUUGUGUGAGCGUCGACUCGUUGUCGAGGACGCCGCGAGUUCGUCGAGUAAUCGCGCUCCUACCGCGAAGGUACAAAAUGCAUAAUUAAACGCCAACGACAGGAGUGCUUGUAAAUGUGUUCUAAGUAACCUUAAGUCCUGCGAGCCGCCCGGCCCGCCGACCUGUACAUACUCCACACUUGUCGACGAGCCGCGGUUAAUUUAUUGUCGCCGGUCCGGCCGGCUCGCAGCCCAGAUCUAUAAGAAAAUUGUUAACGUGUCGAUCGUCUCGGACGCUAUAUUCGUAGACGUAAGUGUUUAGAUGACUUUUAAAGAAUAAUGUACGUUACGUAUUGUUAGGCCGGAACGAAACUGCCGACGCUUUUCGCCCCAAAAAACGGGACCAAAAUUUUUGUAGUCGCAAAUGAUUCCAUAUCGGUAUAGUUGUUGUCAUGUUCGAUAUACAAUAUGAAACGUUAUCACUAAGAGUGACCGCUUUCGGGUUGUUAAAUAGAUAGGAAAAUUGUUAUUGCCAAAUGACUGUUUACGAUGAGCUCAAAUUUUGCGACUUUUUUCUUGUGUCGUGUAGAAGUAUGGUGCUUCUACAUGUCUAGUUAAUUUCCCUUUUCCCACUUAAUGAGUUUUUUUAUUAUUUUAGUUGUGUAUAAUUUUUCUUUUCGUUUUGUUCACGAGAAAUAUUUCAUUUGUUUUUAACAUCGUCUCAACAAAACUCGAAGAUUUAUUUACCUUGUGAGAGCUGUUGUGAUCCAUAACUCAUUUGUAAAAAUAAAUUAUUGUGAUA